CUUGGUGGAAAAAUAAAAUGUAUCAAAAUGCAGUAUGCUCAUAAAGACUGUAUUAGCAUUCCAAAGUCUUUAGACUAAAAUUCAGAAACUAGAAAUGUAAAAACUAGAUGACUUUCAAAUACAUAUUCUCUAAGUUGAGCACAAUUUUCAUAUAAAAUUUUUAAUCUAAAUACAGGUCAGGUCAGACUUUCAGCUGGCUUUACAAGCAGAUGUCUUGUGGAAAUCAUUUGUAUUCAGAACUUAAAGUUCCAAGGAACAAGCAUUCCUAUAUGCUUUACAGUAAGGUAACAGUGACUCAAAGGGACAUGCAUUUUACAUGUUUUAGUUUUGCAUGAUUUUUGGUGAGUCGUCUUUUUCUGUCAGGUAGCUGUCAGCUCCAGAUGUACUGUCAGCUUGUGGAAACAGUAAUUUUAUGAGUAGAUAAUAAUCAUGCCAAAUCAUUGGGUAAAAAAAAUCAGGAACUAGGAACUGUAUAUAUAGAGAACAACUCAAGUCAAGUUUGCAUUACAAGGUUUUUCCUUCACUGAAAAUACUAAAAAUCAUAAAAUGAGACUUUCAUUCAAACUAGUGCAGAAGUUUCCAGUCUGUACAUAUAAACUUUGUAAAUGCUUUCAGUCUUUACUGCAGCGGGGAAAAAAACUGGUUUUAACUCUGUCCUGCAGCAUUAAAAAAGCAGUUAAAUACUCAAGUAUUUCCCACUUAAAUCUCACAGAACUUCAAUACAAGCUAGUGAAUGUGAGAGCAAAAGAAAACAGCAGGUUUCUCACUGUCGGGAUCCCCUUCUCUGCUGCUUGCCCACUCUUAAUCACCAAUUGUUCUGUGUAUGAUAGAAAUGAGUCAUGAGAGGUUUAAAGGCUAUUUCACCUGAAUUUUAGCAUUUACAAAUUUCAAAUGCACUGUGUGUGUAUCAUCUACAGGUUUCUGAACAAUGCCUUGCAAAUGUACAACUUUUUAAAAAGAUGUGUUUUCUAAAUGGCAUAAUGGUAAAUCAGUGAAGGCACAGAAGCAUGGAAAGCAAAAUUUGGGGGAGAUGUGAAGCAAGGUCCUUCAGCACUGGUUCUGAAAAGAAACAGGGUUCACAUUCAGAUUUGAGCAUGAGACCUAGGCUUUGCAGAUCAGUAAAAGCAUGCACACUGUUUCUCACUCUUGACAAAUUAUUAUGAUUUCGCAAAAAUGUUUGGUAUUUGAAAAUCACACUUAGUUUAAAGGAAUUUCAAAAUGGGCUGGAAGAAUUGCUGCUUUGCAUGUGCUUUGCUGUUGUGUGAUUUUCAUAUGCAGAAAUGCAGCUUGUUCUCAGUAUUUCCUUUUAAAAUAUGCAAAGAAGUUCUUGAUACUGGCCUUUGGCUUUUUUUUCUUUUUUUUUGUUUUUAACAGAUGACCUCACUGGGUUUUAACUGUUGGGUUUUAGAAUAAUUGUACCACAGAGAGAAGCAAGACUGGCCCAACCACAUCAGGUAUCACAGAUGAGUGUAUGGGAUGUGCUCAUCUUGCCUGAGGGAGCAGGAAGGCACAGCUACCUCACCGACGUGCCGCGCAGGGAAGCAGCUCAGCAGGACAUCGAGGGGAGCUCGGGCGGCGCUCGGCCCGGCUGCGGGCGGAGCUCGACGAGAGCUCGGCCCGAGUUGGGGCGGUCGCCCCGCCCCGCCCCGCCCCGCGGUUCCCGCCGUGCGGCGGCGCGGUCGCUCCAGCCGCCUUGGAUUGAACGCUGCCCGCGGUUCUGGCUCGGCCUCCUGUGUGAUGGAGGCCGAAAGGCUGAUGGUGCUGUUCGGAGACGACUCGGUGGAGGUGCACUACGCGGGGGGAUCCCGCUUGCUGCUGUCACCUUGCGGGUCCGAGUAUCUGUACGAAGCGGCGCUCCCCGCGGCCGCCCACCCGCUCCAGCCGGCGGAGACCACCCGCCAGCGGGUCGCCUUUGUCGUCAGUGCCUACCGGGAACAACUUCUGCGAGCGCUAGAUUUCCGGAACGCGUUUUCUUCUCGCCCGUACUUGCCUUCACGUAUUAUACCUCCAGAAAGAAAAAAGAUUCUUCUCAGUGAUAUCUUAGAAAUUAAAUGGCCUGACCCUGUGACAGCUGAUCUGACAAGAUGCUUAGACAAUGGCAGUGUGAAGAUCUCAUCUGUAGAUGGCUAUGCUCACCUUUACUUGUCAGAAUUGCAGCAAGAAUUUACAGUGGAGUUCUUAUGCAAAGUCAGCCAGUCAUCUGCAGCAUCCUCAUGCUCCUCUGAAAAGAACAGCAACUAUCAAAGUGGAGAUCAGUGUGGAACACCAAGUAAAAAUUCUGCUGCAGAAGUCUCAUCAAAACAAAGAAGAAUAGAGAAUAGGAGUAAAUGUGGUUGUGCUGAAGGUAGAUAUAGGGAACCAGCCAAACCAAAGGACCAGAGAAAUGGAGAUGGAGUCCCUUUGUUCCACACAAAUUGUUCUUCUGAAUAUGCUUGGGUUACACAGCGUUGGACUGUUUCCUUGUGCCCAGAAGAAUGGAAAUACCCUUUGUCCUUGGCACUAAAAUGCUGUAACUUACAUACUGUGGAAAAUGUAAUAAAGACAUAUGAGACAAACAGCUGUACAGCUGUUGAAGGUGACGUUUUAGCAGCCCCUGAAACACAUGAAACAGUUUCUUGUUUACCUACAGCUUUGCCAUUCAGCUGCAGAGCCCCACAUCUACACAGGUGGACAUUCUGUGACUUCUUUCAGAAUGAAGAUACGGAGUAUUCAUUCCAUCAGCUAAUUCAAGUAGUAUGGUGCCAGGGUGUGUUCUACAGAUUUAUCCAUGGUAGGACAAACAUUGCAGAAAUUUAUCCUGGUGAUGACUCGUUUUUCAAGUCAGAGGGAGAAUUUUUGGGAAAAUAUUUUGUACGUUAUGCAAUCCAAAAAGGAACAAAAAAGGUGGAAGAAAAGAUGUAUUCAGCGAACAGCUUACCUCCAGAUGUGCCAGGACAUCCAUACUCAAUAUCCUCCAUUAUUACUCAGGCAACCAAAAUUCUUCAGUAUUGCUGCAAAACAAAACUGUCAUUAAGUCAUAAUUAUUAUCUCUGCUGCUGGAAAAUGGUAUCUGAGACUGAUGGACGAGAAAUGUUGCCAGUUUUGCUGCAUGAAAGGGUUAUUCCCAGCACAGGAAGACUGGUUGUGUACUCAGAUCAUAAAGUCCAUGCUGUUUUUUGGGAUAGGAUGACCCUGACUAUGGUUUGGGAUUUCAACUCUUCCUGUAGUGAGAUCCAGAUAAAUGAAGGUGUAGGCUGGUGUAAGUUAACUACUCCUGAUGGGCUGCAGCAGCUAAUACAAAUAAGUCAUCCUGGAGUCUAUGAAAGGUACAUCAGAACAGCAAUAGAAUGGUGCAGAAGUUUGAAUGAAAGGAAGGAGAUUGCUGAAUAUACUGCACACUCUGUAACUGAAGAAAAUUGGUCUGCUGAUGCUGAGCUUGAAAAAAUACAGAGAUUUAAUUUUUUAUUAGACAAUAGCAACAUUCUGAAAAGGUCAUCUGCCACAAAAUCCAAUCCAUCUGGUAUCACUGUCAGAAAAGAAUACGGGGGUGAGACAGAAGAACUCAGUGAAGGUUGCGUCUUGGAGGCUUUGGAAAAAACUUCUAAAGUCAUUCAGGAUAUUGAAUCUCUGCUUGCUGCUUCUGGGAGGUGAAGAAGCCCUGUGUUCCAUGUCCUCACAGGAGCUGUCCCAGCUGUGUCUCAGGAGGCUCUGCAGGGAGAGAGGAAUGAAGGCUGAAGCCAGGGGGACAGGUUGCUGCUAUAUUCCCACUGAAGUCUGUCAGGUGCCAGUGUAAUAUCAGUAAUAACGCCACUGCUAUAUUUGGUAGAGGCAAAGAGAACAGUUGAGAUAAUGGAGCACUGCUGUAUAAAUAGAUCAGGCCUGACCUGACAGUGCUGCUUUUAAUGCUUGAAUGUAUGUUCAAAUCAACUUGUUUGAUAAAUCGCUGCUGAAAUGACCAGGGUAGACACAGGAAGUUUUCUCUGUAAAGACAUGCUUUUAUUCAGAUGCCUACACCAAGAAGUCUUAAUACCUAAUAAAAUGUUUCCCAAAUGCUUUCUUCAGUGCUCUCUUUGAGUAUUACUUUGAGAACAGUAAGUAUUAAUUUGCUCUGUGGUCUGUCACAGGCGCAGCAUGUCCUUAAUGACAAAACACUAAACUCUGAUCAUCGAUUUCCCUCUCGGCACUUAAAGGAGGCAAAGCGCGAACACCCAAACCCUCCAUUUAAUAAUCCAGGAAACACUUCUCCCUCACAGCCGAGCCCCGCUGCCCGCGCCGGGCGGGGAUGGGAGGAGACGAGGCGGGCGCGGGUCCCAGCCUGCUCCGCGGCCACGCACGCUUCCUGGCCGGCUCCCUGGAGCCCUUCCCAGCCCGCUGCCGCCGGGCUCCGCAGCCCGCUCGGGCCGGGAUCGCGGGGCCGAGCCCAUGGGGUGAAGGGCGGAUGGCGGCGGCCGCGCUCCAGAACAACCGACGAUACGAAGGACAAUGCACAGUGUGUGUCCUGAUGACAUUUUGUGUGCUGCAGCAUGGUUCUUGUCAUGGCAUCUGAGACUGAAAAGGCCCACGCUCUUCUCCAGACUUUUAGCACAGCAUCAGUUAUUUCCAGUCUAGGUUUGGGGAUAUUCUGCUUUGUAGCAGACAGACUCCUGCAGUUUUCCUUCAUUCAGCAAAAUGACUGGCUCCGAGCCUUAUCUGAUAAUGCAGUGCAUGGUAUACUGGGGAUGUGGUCCUGGGCAAUAGUGAUUGGACUCAGGAAGAAAAGUGACUUCACUGAGGUCACCCUGGCUGGCUUCCUUGCCUCUGUCAUUGAUGUGGACCACUUUUUUCUUGCUGGGUCUCUGUCAUUAAAGGCUGCUCUGACUCUUCCACGGAGACCACUUCUUCAUUGUUCUACUGUGAUUCCUGUGGUGGCUCUGACAUUAAAGUUUAUCAUGCAGCUUUUCAGGCUUAAGGACUCAUGGUGCUUUCUUCCCUGGAUGUUGUUCAUAUCCUGGACUUCUCAUCAUGUCCGUGAUGGGAUUCGGCAUGGCCUCUGGAUCUGCCCAUUUGGAAAAACUCCUCCCUUGCCGUAUUGGCUGUAUGUGGCAAUUACAGCAUCUUUACCUCAUCUAUGUUCAUUUGUUAUGUAUUUAACGGGCACUAGAGAAUUAAUGUCCAUAAAACACGGAAUCCGCAUUGAUGUAUAGGAAUAAUGGCUUUUAAAGGUCGUUUGUGCUAGCACUUGAAAUAACUUGCCUGUCUGUCACUGAAGGGUUUCCUUGUGUUUCCUACACCUUCUGAAUUAGGCAUUUUAAGGUUGUGGAGCCAAUUAUAGCUCUUGUGGCAAUUCCUUGUGGUCAUAGAACCUAUCUCAUGAAUUAUAAUAAUUUUAUAUCUGUACAUUUGCCUUGUACAGUGUGUGGUCUUCCAUGAUAGUUCAUCAUAGCGAGCUGAUUAUAAAGUACUUAGUUCCUCUCUGUAGUAAUUAUAUUACAUUUUACUGUUAUGGUGCCAUUCACUUGAUCACCAUUCACUUUGGAUUUGUAUUCUGCGUCUGGAGAAUACAUUUCAUCCAGAUAGUAUUUGUAUAGCACUUUAAAAAUGUGAAGUUCUAUAUAAAUGCUAGGUAUUAUUGAGGAUUUAAUAUUGUAUGGCAAUUAAAAAAAAAAUCCCUCCAUUAAUGGCAAUUAAAAAAAAAUCCCUCCAUUAGUCUUUCCAAUUUAUUAAUAAGUUAGGAUUCCUGCUGGAUUUUUGUAUUUAACCAUUUUAAAAGGAAUACCACCCAUAUUUCACACUGUCUAUCCACACCUCUCUGAACCUGUAAUCACAGAGUGUUUUACUAAAUUCUAUAUCCCCCUGUAGUUGCUUGGUACUAAAUUUGCAGAUAAUUACUAGGCUCAAAAUUAGAAAGACAGUUUGGUUAUAGUAUUAUGGUGUGUUGGCCAAAUUGUUUAAUUUUUUAAAAUACACUAAUUAUGAAUACUGUUUAAUUUGGAACCAGGGAAUUUUUGUAAAUAUUUAAGAAUCAUGUGAAGAUUCAGGGAGACACAAGAAAAUAAAAAUUGCUUAUAACACAGGUUUGCUUAAAGACAUUACUACUCAGUAAAGCAUUUUCCAUUAAGUGCAGUAUCAUCCUCGUAAGUGUAAAAUAAAAUGCAUUAUUACUAUUAUUAUUAUUAAACAGAAAUAUAAAUUUCCUCAUAAAGAAGAUCCAUAAGGAAAAGUGUUAUUAUGCUGCAGUUUAUGAGAUAGUAAUUUGCACUAUGGACUAUUCAGUUUUCAUUUAUAGACAUCUCUCAGAAAGAAUCCCAAAUUAAAAGUUGUCUGGUCUUGUCUAACUAGACAAGUCUGUCUAGACUUGUGUAGUUUAUGAGGUACAAGCUGAGAAUGUCUUUUAAUAAUUUUUAAAUUUUUUAUUCACUGCCCGGUAAAGAGAUGGGGCCUUAACUACUCCAGCUUGUGAUGAAUAGCUGUCAAAGGGGAUCAUUUUUAUGGAACUGCAUGUAUAAGGUAGCAUGUGUUUAACUUAGGUUACCAAGGGGGGUAAGGGUUUACGUGAUGUGUACAUUUACAUUAUUAAAUGUAUAUCAGAAUAAAGUU